AGGUCGGGCCAUGGUGGGGCAGAGGUUGGGAAGAUGGCGUGGCGCGGCUGGGCACAGAGAAGCUGGGGCUGCAGCCGGGCGUGGGAUUUGGGCGGCCGCAGCCUCGAGGAACUCGCUACGGCCUUGACCUCGCCGCCGCGGCUGCUCGGACGCAGGUGCAACUUCUUUCUUCAGCAAAAAUGUGGGUUCAGAAAAGCUCCCAGGAAGGUUGAACCUCGGAGAACAGACCCAGGGACAAGUGGCGAAGCAUACAAGAGGAGCGCUUUGAUUCCUCCGGUGGAAGAAACAGUCUUUUAUCCAUCUCCUUAUCCCAUACGGACUCUUGUGAAGCCAUUCUUUUUCACUGUUGGGUUUACAGGCUGUGCGUUUGGAUCAGCUGCUAUUUGGCAGUAUGAGUCAUUGAAAUCCAAGGUUCAGAGUUACUUUGACGGUAUAAAAGCUGAUUGGUUGGAUUCCAUAAGGCCACAAAAAGAAGGAGACUUCAGAAAGGAGAUUAACAAGUGGUGGAAUAACCUAAGUGAUGGCCAGCGGACUGUGACAGGUAUCAUAGCUGCGAAUGUAUUUGUAUUCUGUUUAUGGAGAGUUCCUUCUCUACAGAGGAUGAUGAUCAGAUAUUUCACAUCCAACCCAGCCUCAAAGGUCCUGUGUUCUCCAAUGUUGCUGUCGACAUUCAGUCAUUUCUCCUUAUUUCACAUGGCAGCUAACAUGUAUGUGUUAUGGAGCUUCUCCUCCAGCAUAGUGAACAUCCUGGGUCAGGAACAGUUCAUGGCAGUGUACCUGUCUGCAGGUGUUAUUUCCAAUUUUGUCAGUUAUGUUUGUAAAGUUGCCACAGGAAGAUAUGGACCAUCACUUGGUGCAUCUGGUGCCAUCAUGACUGUUCUGGCUGCUGUCUGCACCAAGAUCCCUGACGGGAAGCUUGCCAUCAUCUUCCUGCCCAUGUUCACCUUCACAGCGGGAAACGCCCUAAAAGCCAUUAUUGCCAUGGACACAGCAGGAAUGAUCCUGGGAUGGAAAUUUUUUGAUCAUGCAGCACAUCUUGGGGGAGCUCUCUUUGGAAUAUGGUAUAUCACUUACGGUCAUGAACUAAUUUGGAAGAACAGGGAGCCUCUGGUGAAAAUCUGGCAUGAAAUGAGGACUAAUGGCCCCCAAAAAGGAGGUGGCUCCAAGUAAAACACAGGGCUUGGCUGUACUAGCUAAUGUGUGUGGCCUCUGGCCCCAGCGCUUGGCCCCGGACUGACAUGGUGUGGACCUCGCCCAGCAGCGCAGCCACCCCAGCAGUUCAUGCCGCGCACCCCACUCCACCCGGACACAUCUUCUGAGCAACUGAAUUAUGACAGUGUUGUGAAAUAAAGGUUUCUAUCUCUAGUUUGUAAA